AGUCAGGCCUGAAUGCCAUUGCCAUUGCCAUUGCCAUUGCCAUUGCCAUUGCCCUUGCCCCCUCGAUCAGGUCGUCAGGUCAGUCAGAGCUGACGACGACGAAAUAAAAUUUAAGCAGCUAGCUAGCGUGCCCGCCACGCGCCAUAUAUAUGGUCGUCGACAUGGGGAAGAAGGAGGAGGACGAGCUGCAGCUGCUGGUCCGACAAGCGGCCGUGAAUGAUGAUGAUGAUGAGCAAGUCCAAGCACUGGUGCGCAAGAUCUCCGGUCUCGCCGCGGCCAUCGCCAAGCUGCCGUCCCUGAGCCCGUCCCCCGAGGUGAACGCGCUCUUCACCGAGCUGGUGACGGCCUGCGUCCCGCCCAGCGCCGUCGACGUCGCCAAGCUGGGGCCCGAGCUGCAGGCGAUGCGCGCGCGCCUCAUCCGCCUCUGCGCCGACGCCGAGGGCCUGCUGGAGGCGCACUACUCGGACCUCCUGGCCGCCUUCGACAGCCCGCUCGACCACCUCGCGCUCUUCCCCUACCUCAGCAACUACAUCCUGCUCAGCGAGCUGGAGCACGGCCUGCUGGCGCGCCACCUGCCCGGCCCGCCGCCGGCGCGCGUCGCCUUCCUGGGCUCCGGCCCGCUCCCGCUCAGCUCCCUCGUGCUGGCGGCGCGCCACCUGCCGGCCGCGUCCUUCGACAACUACGACAUCUGCGGCGAGGCCAACGAGCGGGCGCGGCGCCUGGUGCGCGCCGACGCCGACCUGGGCGCGCGCAUGGCGUUCCGCACCUCCGACGUGGCCCUGCUCACGCGGGAGCUGCUGGCGUCCUACGACGCCAUGUUCCUGGCGGCGCUGGUGGGCAUGGCCGCCGAGGAGAAGGCGCGCGUGCUGGAGCACCUGGGGCGCCACAUGGCCCCCGGCGCCGCGCUGGUGGUGCGGAGCGCGCACGGCGCCCGGGCCUUCCUCUACCCGGUGGUGGACCCGGAGGAGGUCCGCCGGGCCGGCUUCGACGUGCUGGCCGUGCACCACCCGGAGGGAGAGGUCAUCAACUCCGUCAUCAUCGCGCGCAAGAUGCCUGCUGCUGCUGCUGUGCUGCCGGCCGGCGACGCGCACGGGCACGGCGCGGUGCUGAGCCGGCCGUGCCUGUGCUGCGAGAUGGAGGCCCGGGCGCAUCACAAGAUGAAGAUGGAGGAGGUGGCCAGCAUGGAGCAGCUGCCAUCCUAGAUGCAUGCAGUUUAAUUUGCAGCUGUGCCGCCAUCCUAUCCAAAUAUAUAUUAAUAAAGCAGCAGCAGCCAUCUUGUUGCUAUCUUUUUCUUUGUCUGUUAACAAGUAUGCAUGGUUAAUUAUGAUGGCAUUCAUAUUAAUUUUGUAAUGAACGGUGUGAGUCUUAGUUGGUGAAAAAGUUUGGGUUU